CCCUUUGUUCUGCUGAACGCGGCCAAUGAUAUAUCGGUACAAUUCUGAGAGCUACACGCAUCGUGUUGGUGUCACUUUGGCGGAUAGUACAUCUUGAGAAGCUGUAUUAUAGGCACGAUUUGUUUUCGUGCCUUUAAAGAAUUUGUCGUCAAGUAAGAAUACAACAGUCGACUUCCCGAAGAGAAUAUUCCAGUGCUUUUCACAGAAAAGUUCUCAAAGUUUUCAAAUGGCUACGUUGGAAGAUAAGUCAAUCUGGGAGGACGGAGAGGAGACUCUAGGAGAAGAUGUUCUACGAAUGUCUACCGACGAGAUCGUAUCGCGCACACGGCUUUUGGAUAAUGAAAUUAAAAUCAUGAAGAGCGAGGUGAUGCGAAUAACACACGAGUUACAGGCACAGAAUGACAAGAUCAAGGAGAAUACGGAGAAAAUUAAAGUAAACAAGACCCUACCGUAUCUGGUAUCCAAUGUCAUCGAGCUGCUAGAUGUCGAUCCACAAGAUAUGGGAGAGGAAGACGGUGCAGUUGUCGACUUGGACGCACAGCGUAAAGGCAAGUGCGCAGUCAUAAAGACUUCUACGCGUCAGACUUACUUUCUUCCUGUGAUCGGGUUGGUCGAUGCCGAGGCAUUGAAGCCAGGUGAUCUGGUUGGCGUUAAUAAAGACAGUUAUCUCGUGCUGGAGACCCUACCAGCCGAAUACGACGCCAGGGUCAAAGCUAUGGAAGUAGACGAACGUCCAACAGAGCAAUACUCCGACAUCGGUGGGCUGGACAAGCAGAUUCAAGAGCUGAUCGAAGCAGUCGUCCUGCCCAUGACGCAUAAAGAGAAAUUCGAAAAUCUGGGAAUCCAGCCGCCUAAGGGUGUCUUACUUUACGGUCCGCCUGGAACCGGAAAGACUCUGUUGGCUAGAGCCUGCGCUGCCCAAACGAAAUCCACUUUCCUGAAACUUGCCGGCCCACAAUUAGUGCAGAUGUUCAUCGGUGAUGGAGCAAAACUGGUCAGAGAUGCAUUCUCGCUAGCUAAGGAGAAGGCACCAGCUAUAAUAUUUAUCGACGAACUCGACGCCAUCGGGACAAAACGAUUCGAUUCGGAGAAGGCUGGCGACAGAGAGGUGCAACGUACUAUGUUGGAGCUGUUGAAUCAGUUGGAUGGUUUCAGCUCAACCGCCGACAUCAAAGUUAUCGCCGCCACAAAUAGAGUGGAUAUCUUGGAUCCGGCUCUGCUAAGAUCCGGACGAUUGGACCGGAAAAUUGAGUUUCCGCAUCCCAACGAGGAGGCCAGGGCACGUAUCAUGCAGAUUCAUUCGCGCAAAAUGAACAUGUCGCCCGACGUAAACUUCGAAGAAUUGUCAAGAUCCACGGACGAUUUUAACGGAGCACAAUGCAAAGCUGUUUGUGUAGAAGCGGGUAUGAUAGCGUUAAGGCGCAACGCAACGGCAGUUACUCACGAAGAUCUAAUGGAAGCUAUCAAUGAAGUUCAAGCAAAGAAAAAAGCAAACUUAAAUUAUUAUGCUUAGUGUGCUUCGUUAUGUCAUUUAUUUAAUAAGGUACCUUUGUAUGAUAGAGACAUAUUAUUCGUGUAUUCUUCUCAGUUUUCCAAUAAAUAUUAUCGCUCGAUACUAUAAUAUA